AUGGAUCAGUGGGAGCAGAAUCAAGCUGUUACGAGGGAAGAUAUGACCGUUAUGAAAGCCCAAAUGGGUCAACUUGUGGAAGCCAUACAAGCUUUGGCUAGAGGACAAGAGGAAAUGUGUCAGGCUAAUCUGAGGGAUGUCGCUGCCAACCCUGUUGUUGUGACAAUACCAGUGAAUCCCCCAGAAGGAGCUGGUACACCUGUCGUAACCCAACCACCUCCCGAGAGAGUCCUAGUGUAUCAAAAUACGGCUCAGACAUUCAACAUCACUAUCAAUGGGAGAGCUCAACUUGAGAUGGACGAUCAUCAGGAUGUUUUCUUCACUACAAGGGCUGAUUCAGUAUAUGAUGCUUUUGGUCCUUCUCCUGCUGAACUUGAGCAAAGAUUCCGUAUGAUGGAGGACAAACUAAAGGCAAUAGAAGGUUCUGAUACCUUUGGGUUAGAUGCCGCCGAUAUGUGCCUGGUGCAAGGUGUGAAAAUUCCUCUGAAGUUUAAGGUUCCAAAAUUUGAAAAGUAUCAAGGGAUCACCUGUCCUAAGACUCACAUCCGAGCUUUUUAUAGAAAGAUGGCUGCUUAUUCUGACGACGAGAAACUUUUAAUGCACUUUUUCUAG